ACCUAAAAUAAACAAAAAUACGAAUAUUUCCAUCACAUGUUUGUAAGUUGCACAUGUUGAAUGGAGGAAUUUUGGUGUAAAAGUAGAAAAUAAUAACAGUAAGAACGAGUGGUCAUAAAAUUAUACAAAAAUGGGACAAAAAAAGAAAAUUGGAAAGCAGCGCAAGGACAAAUUUUACCAGUUAGCUAAGGAAACAGGUUUUAGAUCUCGGGCUGCCUUCAAGUUAAUUCAACUUAAUCGCAAGUUUGGAUUUUUACAAAAAUCUCAAGUAUGUGUCGAUUUGUGCGCUGCUCCAGGAGGUUGGAUGCAAGUUGCCAAACAAAAUAUGCCCAUUUCAAGUAUAGUAAUAGGUAUAGAUCUUUUCCCUAUAAAAGCCAUACCAGGUUGUAUAAGUAUAGUUGAAGAUAUAACUACUGAGAAAUGCAAAACUGCCUUAACAAAGGAAUUACAAACUUGGAAAGCUGAUGUUGUUCUUCAUGAUGGAGCUCCCAAUGUUGGUAAAAAUUGGCUACAUGAUGCAUAUCAACAAUCCUGUUUGACAUUAAGUUCUUUAAAAUUAGCAACUCAAUUCUUAAAACAAGGUGGUUGGUUUAUUACAAAAGUAUUUAGAUCAAAAGAUUAUCAUGCAUUAAUUUGGGUGUUAAAACAAUUGUUCAAGAAAGUUCAUGCUACAAAGCCCCAAGCUUCUCGUACUGAAUCUGCUGAAAUUUUCGUUGUUUGUCAAUACUACAUAGCUCCAGAUAAAAUAGAUUCUAGAUUUAUGGAUCCAAAGUAUGUAUUUCAAGAAUUGGAGCUCGAUCCAAAAAAUAAGUUAAAUGUUUUUCAUCCUGAAAAACAAAAGAAAAGUAAAGCUGAGGGUUAUCCAGAAAAUGAUUAUACUUUAUACCACAGGUUAAAAGCUUCAGAUUUUAUCAAACAUGAAAAUGGAGUUGAUUUAUUAGAGCACGCUUCUGAGAUAGUGUUUGAUGAUCCAGAAAUUCAAAACCACAAACUAACAACAAACGAAAUCAUACAAUGUGUUAAAGACAUAAAAGUCUUAGGCAGAAAGGAUCUACGUAAUCUUCUUGCAUGGAGAAAAGUAUUGAAUGAAGAAUACAAGAAAAAAAAUAAUGAACAAGACUCAACUGAACUAACAGAAGAAAAUAAAGAAGAAGAAAAAAAGUCCAAUAAUGAAGAUGAAUUAGGAGAUAUUGAUAACCAAAUUGCAUCCUUGCAAGAAGAAGAGAUAAGAGAGCAAAAACGUAAAAAGAAAAAAGUUCAAAAGGAACGUCUAAAACUUAAUGAACGAUUAAACCUAAAAAUGCUUUUAAAAAAUGAUGAUGGGCCCACUAUGGUAGGCGAAGAAAUGUUUUCUUUGAAACAAGUCGCUGAUGCUAAUAAAAUGAAAAAAAUCAUUGAGCAGACUCCUGAUACUACUGUUGAUUCAGAUGAUGAAUUCCAACAAAGAAAACAUAUACCUAAAUACACUAAAUAUGAAAAAGGAGAGGGUCGUUUAGACAGUUCCGGUUUUUAUUAUAAAGACUCUGAUUCUGAACUUGAAAUGGAAAGUGAAAAUGAAGCAGAAAUAAAAGAAGGAUUGGGUUUUGAACUUGAUGAUGAUGAUAAGUUACCAAGGAUUAAAAAACAACAAUCUACCUUUAAGAAAAAAGAAGACCAUCCUUUGAUCACUGACCUGGAUUACAGAGAUAAAGAAAAAAAGAAAGCACAUAAAGCAGAACUUUGGUUUGGGAGAGAUGUUUUUAAAAACCUCAUAGAUGAAAAAGAUGAAGACGCCGAUUUAGAUAAGAUGGUAGAAAGUGUUAAGAAGAAGGGUGCAAAAAUUUUAGGAGAGAGUAACAAAAAAGAAGCUAAAAAAACAAUACUAAAAGAAACCAAAAAGACAUCGAAUAAUGAUUACAUCUCUGAAGGUAGUGAUUCUGAAUCAUCAGACACUGGAAGCGAUUCUGAUUAUGAUAUUGAACAGCAGGUUAAUGUUCCUGUAAAUAAUUUAAAAAAAGAUGGAUUCGAGGUUGUUAAAUCUGUUAAGAAAACAAAACUAUCAUCAGAAGACCUAGCCUUGGGUUCAAUUAUGGUCAACAGUAAAAAAGCAAAAAGAGAUUUAAAAGAUGCAGCAUGGAAUAGAUAUACAUUUAAUGAUGAUGGAUUGCCAGAUUGGUUUGUGCAAGAUGAACAUAAACACAUGACAAGAGAAGUUCCAGUUCCAAAGGAAUUGGUUGAUGAAUACAACAAAAAAUUAGAAGAUAUAAAUGUAAGACCAAUUAAAAAAGUGAUUGAAGCAAAAGCAAGAAAGAAGAAGAGAACUCUCAAAAAGUUGGAGAGAGCAAAAAAAAAAGUCGAAGCUUUAAUGGAUAAUGUUGAUGUUUCAGAACGAGAAAAGGCUAAACAGAUAAAACAGUUGUACAAAAAGGCUAGACAAGAGCCUAAAAAGGAAGUAACUUAUGUUGUAGCUAAGAAACAUAUGACUGGCAAAAGAGUUAGCAGACCGAAAGGAGUAAAAGGACAUUACAAGGUCGUUGAUCCGAGAAUGAAAAAGGACUUGAGGGCGCAAAAAAAUAAAUUAAAGACGAUGGGCAGAACUAAAAAGGGGAAAAGAAACAACGCUUCUCCAAAGAAGGGAAACAACACUUCUCCCAAGAAAGGAACCAAGAAUAGUAAAACUACGGCAUAAGUAAUUUUAAUAUUUCAUAUUUAUCUACAUAAGAAAUUUUAUAUUUCAUUGUAAAAAAGUGUUUGUUAAUGAACCGUUAUUUUGUAUAAAUAAUACAGUUAAUAAAAAUGCUUUUUAUUAUCUUUGUACGUCCCAAAUAUUGUUAUAAUUAUAGAAGCGAGUUACUUUACACUAGCGAAGUAACUUUACACAAUGAUGUAGCAAUUAUAAAAAAUUACGAUAAAAAAUAAAAUCGACAAAGUUGUCCGUUCUUUACCAGACGGGCGUCCCUACAUUAGAGCAAUUUAAAAUUAGAAAUAAAUCAUGAAAGAAAAAUAAAUUCUUAUUAAAGACCGUGUCACAGAUAAACAAGCG